AUGCUUGCCAGGGAUAAGAAAUUGUCUCUGCCAAGUUUUGAGAAUGGUCCAUUCAAACUGUGGUGUGAUGAUUUCCGGCCAGCCAAUGUUCUUCUCAAUGAAGAUAUGCAUAUUGCCGGUGUGGUGGACUGGGAGUUCACAUAUGCAGCACCAGUGGAGUUCUCAUACGCGCCACCAUGGUGGCUCCUUAUCGAGAAGCCCGAAUACUGGUCCAAAGGUAUAGAGGACUGGGCCCAAGUAUUCGAUCGCCGCCUAAAGACGUUCCUCACGGCAAUGAGGCAUUGUGAAGAUAUGGACGCUCAGUACAGCCAGUGCCGGCUCUCGGAUCAGAUGCAGCGGAGCUGGGAGAGCGGAGACUUCUGGGUGGUGUAUGCGGUUUUGCACAGCUUUGCGUUUGAUGCGAUCUACUGGCAGAAAAUCGACCAGCGGUUCUUUGGGCCUACGGAGACCGACGAUCCCAGCGAGGCAUGGAAAGAGCGGUUGGACCUGCUGGAUGAAAACCAAAAGGGUGAGAUGGAACGGCUAGUGACGAGAAAGCUUAAGGAGAUGGAAGACAGGGUUUUGGCGUGGGACCCGGAUGAGUAUACUGAAGCAUUUCGCCAGGGGUUGAUGAGAAGGAGAGAAGAAAAAGCAAAUGAGGCCAAGGAAUCUCACCAGUGA